UUCGGCACAACUUUCGGCUAAUCGGUGCGUGAACAUAUUUCAGUAAAUUUAGGAGCCAAAAUGGUCAGAAAACUCAAGUUCCAUGAGCAAAAACUGCUUAAAAAGGUCGAUUUCUUCAACUGGAAAGAAACUAACAAUCUUAACGAAGUAAAAGUGAUGCGCAAAUACAACAUCCAAAAGCGCGAAGAUUACACUACUUAUAACAAACUGUCGCGAAACAUUCGGGAGCUGGCAGGAAAAAUCGCCGAGAUUGACGCAAAACACCCCUUCCGGACGGAGAUGAGCGGUUUGCUCUUGGAGAAGCUGUACGUCGUGGGUGUCAUUCCGACCAAGUGGGAUCUGGAGAACGCCAGCAAAAUCAGUGCAUCAUCCUUCUGCCGGAGGCGACUCCCGGUGGUACUGCUGCGCAACAAGAUGUCCGAACAUAUCAAACAUGCCACCCAGAUGAUCGAGCACGGCCACGUACGGGUGGGAGCCGAGGUGGUAAAAGACCCCGCCUUCCUGGUACCACGAACACUGGAGGACUUUGUAACGUGGGUGGACGGAUCGGCGAUCAGGAAACAUGUGAUGGAAUACAACGAUAUGAGGGAUGAUUUUGAGAUGUAAUAAAAUUUGAU